UAAAACCCUCAUUAGAAGGCUAGAAGCUUUUCAUUAACCAUUUGCUCUCUCUCUCUCUCUCUCUCACACACACACACACACACACACUUCACCUAUAUAUAGUGCCACUUUGGGUGAUUACAGUGUUAGGAAGUAAGCUAGCCAUGAAGUACGGGGAGAUAACCCACUUCAGCCAUCAACAUAAGCUAAGGUUUGAAUACACAGAAGAUCCUUUCAAGUGUGAUGGGUGCAAAGAAGUAGGCAUAGGAUCGCGUUACAAAUGUAGCAUCUGUGACUUCGACCUACACAAGCAGUGUGCCCUCCCUGCUCGCUCCAUCAACCACCCUUUCUACCCCAAGUGUUCCUUCCAGUUCCUCCCUCGACCACCAGGGGAUGUCCCUCGGUUCUGCAACGCCUGUGAGAAAGAUGUUAAUGGGUUUGUCUAUCACUGCGAGUCCUGUGGGUUCGACCUCCAUCCAACUUGUGCUAACCUCCCUCGCGUACUCGAUGAUGGUGAGGUAAAGCUCUAUCUGUAUCGCAAGGUAAGUGCAUCUUGCCACAGGUGUGGUAGGAAAGGUCGAAGCUGGAGUUACAGGUCCUCCUGUCAGAAGUACAACUUACAUGUAGCUUGUGUAAGGGAGAUGCUUGUGGAGAGCUGGCAUAAUAUCUAUGUUGGCCGUGUAAGCAGCUAUGGUGGCACUAAUAAGAAGUUGGAAACAAGAAUUCCAAGCCUGAAAGGAACACUUCAGAACCACCACCGUAGUAAAGGUAAAGUGCAGAAGUGUUGUCAGAUGGCUGGGCUGGCUGUUCAGUUCAUCAUCUCUGCCGUCCUCGGAGAUCCGACAGCUAUCAUCGCCGGCGUUGUUGGAUCGUUAAUAUCCAAAGCAUAAUAGUUAAGGAGUCAAGAGGGGUGGUGGGUAUGGGAGAUCAAAGCCUAAAGGUACUUGGAUAAAUGUAUCUAGUGGUAGUUUUAACUUUCAAUGAAGUCUAAUGUUUGGGCUUAACUUGUCAAAGGAAGGGUCGCAGUGUUUGUGUUAUUUCUUGUACUUCGGUAAAAGUUUGUCAUCUAACUUCCAAUGUGAAUAAUGUAGAGAUGUAAACGGAUGGAAUUCAAAUCAAACAUAACACUAUUUGUAUCCACA